UUUUAUUUCAAAAGCGGUUAUAAUUUUGAAGCUAUAUUUUGUUCCAGAACACUUUCGUAACUGAAUUUUUGUGAAAGUAAAGGUUAUUCUCUUUAUAAUUUCUCUUCACACAUGUUCCUCUUAACAAAAGUGGUUAGCUUUGUUUGGCUUUAACGGCUAUAGGAAACUGAUGGUAAUAUAAGUAGCUAUUAAAUUAAAAAUCAGAAUGUAGGGUAUUUCUUAAUAUCACAUUUAAGAUUUCUAGUCUUCACUUUAAGAGUCGUCAUAUAUUCGUGGAAGUCAAUAUCCACUAAUGGCGAGCCUGUAUUACUUUCACCCAAAGGUUCCUAAACUAUUCAAUAUGCAAUCUAACUCUAUAACAGUUUUCAGCCCUUCUUCGUCCUGUGAAAAAUCGAUGGAAGAUAUGUCCAGAAGUUGAUGUAGAGUUUGUCUCUUCGUCAAGGUGGCGAAGUUAAUACUUCAUUAUGAUAUUAUCCAGAAUGAUCUAUUAACUCUAUUGUCUCUUCCUCUACGAGCCGAAAUCAAAAAGUGUUAACGUAUAAUUCAAUUUCAUAUUCUUGAGUACAUACUUUUUGACUGGUUCAAACGCAGCGCGUAUCAAUCAGUAGAUAAGAUACUCAAACGAAAGAACUAACUAAUAUUAGUUUUUCUAAUCAUCUAAAAAGGCCAUUAUGCAACAUUUCAAUGUCUCGACUUGUGCAACCAAAACCCAAAUAGUUACACUUUUUCGCAACAUUCACUCUGUAGCAAGAUAGUAGAUGUGGUAAAGUGAUGUAAUAAGCGUUAAAUGGGUUAUUGGGUCAUAUUGCCAACAGUCAUAAAUAUCUAACAAAAGUUCUUGAAAGGCUUAUAAUCAUAAAUAUCAAGAACGAACUUUUUUGGUAUAAAAUGUGUAGCAUCUGAUGGCAAAUGACACAGUUGACAAGUGAAGGCAAAAAAGGCCACAUCAACACAUCGCCGGUGUUUUAGCGCAAUUAUAAAGUGCGGGCGACGUAAUUUAAAAUCACACAAGUUAAUUUUUAAUUUUUUCACUUUUGAAGUAUUUCGCUUUAACAAAAUGAAAGCAGUUUUUGCUGUUUUAAUAUUUGCGGCCGUCAUAAUAGCCAACUCGAAUGCCGUUGACCAAGUGAUUGGUGUAAUUACGCCAACUGAUUCAAUAUUGGCCAUGACUACAGUGCAACAACGCUUUCGUUUGGGCCAAGUGGUGACGGCUACUUAUGUAUUUACGGGUGCCUCCACAACAGCAACGGUCGUAGGCAUCAGAAUAAGAGACAGGAAGCCUGUGAGAAUGAGUCCCACAAUUGCAAUUACAGGUGGUGCGCUAAAUUCAGCCACCAUCACCCUAACAUUUACGUCACAACGCAGCUUUGGUAUCAACAGCAAUGUUACUGUCUAUGGCACGCCAUAAUUUUUUACCUACAGAAUACAUAAUUAGCUUUUAAGUCUGAACGUACAAACGGAAAAUUUUACAAUAUCUCCUUUUAUUAUAUUUGAUUCAAAAUAAACCAUUAUAUUUUUUUAAUAUAA